AUGUUGACUUCAGCCAAAUUUCUGUUGAUUUCAAUUUUGUUUAGUUUACUACUAUUUGGAAGCCAUGGAGAAGAAGGUCAAGAAAUAAACACAACACAAAACAUUGCAGAAGACUUUAAAACAAGGGGAAAUCAAUCUAUUCCUCUGGAAAGUGAAGCAAAUUCAACCUCAGAUAAAGAAAAUAGAGAAACCUCCCAUCCUAAGGCAAGUAAUUUCUCUUUUGGGGAUCCAUCAAAUAAAACCCAUGGAACAGAUUUCUACCAUAAUUUGUCAACAGACAACUCUUCCAGUCUCAAACUCAUGCCCACACUUUCCCCAAGCCCUCCCUUGAUCCACAGCUUUGUUUCUAAAUUGCCUUGGAACUCAUCCGUAGCAGAUGAAAAUCCUCUGCCAGUCUCAGCACCUCCCAAUACUACAGCUAUUGUAUCUUCGGAAAACUUCACUUGGUCUUCAGUCAAUGAUACCAUGAAAGCUCCUGACAACAGUUCCAUUGCAGUUAGCAACCUCCCUUCAGGAUCAAACACCAUAUCUGUGACCCCCAUGAUAAUGGAAACAGAUGGAUGGCCUACCAUGACUGGAGAUAGCUUGGCGGGGUUUACUGCUUAUCAAGAAACAACUUUAUAUCCCACCUUGAAAUUCACCAAUAAUUCAAAAAUCUUUCCAAAUACAUCAGACCCCCAAGAAGAGAACAGAAAUACAGGAGUAGUAUUUGGGGCCAUUUUAGGUGCUAUUCUGGGAGCUUCACUGCUUAGUCUUGUUGGCUACUUGCUGUGUGGAAAAAGGAAAACAGACUCAUUUUCCCAUCGGCGACUUUAUGAUGACAGAAAUGAACCAGACAUUCCUGGAAUAAGAACAUACCUACAUCAUCAUCUUGCUGGAGGAAAGCUCAGUUUUAAAAGAUGUGCCAAAUGCCACAAAUUUCACAAAAACUUUUCAAAUCUUCUUCUGUUCCUUCUUGAUCCAAGGCCCCAACUAGAGCUGCUCAUUUUUCUCUUCCAAAUUGCAUCAUAUUUUUCCCCUUUUUCCCUCUCUUCUCUAUUCUUUUCCCUCCCUUCCUCCCUUGUCCUCUCUCUUCAUCUUUUCCUUCCUUGUUUUGUUUUUUUUUUCUUUUUAUGGUUCCUUUUAUUUUUCUGA